CGUCAUACUGUUGAUAUUCUCAGGUGUAGAUCACCCAACGUCAACCCUUACGUUUUCCAAUUGUUGACACAACUAUAGCGAAUAUGGCUAUCUGCUCCCACGCAUCUUCCACCAAGUUAGUUCCCGCUACCGCAGCGAGUGAAGUUUACAAGGAGGAAUGUACUCUUUGUUUUGACAGUCAGGAUCUUCCUCAGGGUAUCGAUGUUUGCUUGAGCUGUUUCAAUGGAGGGUGUUUGAGCAACGAUCGAGGACAUGGCCGGCUACAUUUUCAAAAGACUAGUCAUCCACUAGCUUUGAACAUUAAACGCAUCGCAAAGGCCAAAAAGAGAGACGGAACUCCACCCCCUGCAAAGAUGACAAAACUUGCGAUUGAGGAAGAAAGAGAAGAGGAUCUGUUCGAUUUUUUGACGACGGUAAAGUGCUACGCAUGCGGGGAAGCUGAAGUUGACCGAAGUGCUGGGAAUAUUCCUGUGGUUGUGGACUCCGUCAUGAUGGCACUUUCCGCAAAAAAGCAAUCUGAAGUAAAGGCAUGGCAAGAGGAAAUUACAUCGUGUACACACACGGAAAAUCUUAAGCAAGGAGAGCCGCGUCUACUGGAGGCAAAUACUUUGGCACAUUGUAACAAAUGUGAUCUGAAAGAGAACCUCUGGCUCUGCUUAACUUGCGGCAAUCUUGGCUGUGGCCGCCAGCAGUUUGGUGGCAUAGGUGGAAAUGGACAUGGCAUGCAACAUUAUGAGGAAACAAUGCAUCCCGUGUCGGUUAAACUUGGGACAAUUACGCCAGAAGGAACUGCAGAUGUAUUUUGCUAUCAGUGUGGCGAAGACCGCUUGGAUCCACAUUUGGGGAAGCAUCUAUCAACGUUUGGUAUAAACUUAGCCAAUCAGCAGAAAACAGAAAAAAGCAUAACCGAGCUGCAACUGGAGCAAAAUCUCAAGUUUGACUUCAGUAUGACUACGGAGGAUGGGAAAAUGCUGGAGCCUCUGUUUGGACCUGGUUACACCGGCCUUAAAAAUCUAGGGAACAGCUGUUACCUGGCGUCAGUGAUGCAAGCUAUUUUUUCCUUCCACCCGUUCGAGAACCGAUAUCUGGGAAUUGGCCAGGACCACGUGGCCACGUGCCGGGAAAGGCCAGCACAUUGCUAUCACUGCCAAAUGGCCAAACUUGCGGACGGCUUACUCAGUGGUCGCUAUUCACAACCUAAGGAAACCAUAAGCGAGGACGGCGAGCAACGCGGCCAAGAUGGCAUUGCUCCAUCAAUGUUUAAGACCUUUAUUGGAAAGGGCCACCCUGAGUUUUCGACAAUGAGGCAGCAGGACGCGCAAGAGUUCUUCCAGCACCUUCUUUCCGUCGUUGAACAAAAAGAGCGAGCUGGUGGUGUAGAUCCAUCUUCCAUCUUUCAAUUUACCGUUGAACACCGGUUACAAUGUCUACAAUGCCAGCGCGUGAGGUAUCGGACUGAGAAAAACAGUUCUUUAACGCUGCGCGUGCCAGCAAAGAAAGUGGAAGAUGGGGACUUAACAGAGGCAGACAAACCGCAGUAUAUGCCCGUUUCCUUCGACGAAUGUCUUGCGACGGUCUUCAACGAUGACAUCAGAGAUUACAAAUGCCCACAUGAUAACGGCGAUACUAAUGCUACUUUCACGACGAGAUUUAGCACGUUUCCAGAUACCUUGGUCUGCACAAUGAGCCGUUUUGUACUCGGAACUGGUUGGGUUAUGGAGAAACUAAACGCGCCAAUAACCGCACCGCUUGAACUGGACCUGGAGCGACUGCGUGGUCACGGACAGCAAGAGGGCGAAGAGCUCUUGCCGGAGGAAGCGGAAGGCAGCAAUGACGCAGGCCCACAAGUCGACCCAAUUGCCAUGAGCCAGCUGAUGGCUAUGGGAUUCCCCGAAGUGCGAUGCACCAAGGCCAUAUUAGCGACGGGCAAUAAUGGGGCCGAGAUAGCCAUGAGUUGGUUGUUUGAACAUAUGGAUGAUCCAGACAUAGACACACCUGUUAGUCUCAAUGAACGCAAAUCUGGUGCGUCGGAGGCGGAGAUCCAGCAACUUACGGAUAUGGGCUUUACGGUGGGGCAAGCAAAGCGUGCGCUCAAAGAAACGGACAACAACAUGGAGCGUGCAGUAGAUUGGCUUUUCAGCCAUGCGGACGCCAUGGAUGCGGAUGAAACCGAAACGUCUGCAACGGGAACCACUCCCCAACCGGACAUGCGUCCAGCCAAGUACCGCCUAACUGCCUUCAUUUCUCACAAGGGUACUUCCGCGCACUGUGGACAUUACGUUGCUCAUGUAUACCGGGAUGGGCGGUGGGUGCUGUACAAUGAUAAUAAGGUGGUGGAGGUACCAGAUGUAGGGAAAGCGGUUGGGGAGGCGUACAUGUAUUUUUAUACCCGUGUUUGAAUGCUUUCCAAUCAACACGGCAUGAGAAAUGCGAUUCCAAUCAACAUGCUAGAGUAUAGUAUGUACAUUUCAUUUAUUAGUGUCCUAGAUCCUCUCGCCAGCUAUUAC